UGAGACGUUAGUGCGCAUGCGGGGGUGAAAGGUUGACGGUCGUGCGGCGGCUAAGCUAACAGCCUCGUAACUAGCUACAUGUGGAGGCUGAAAGGGAAGCCAUCCAGUCACAUUUCCCCGCUUUUAGCGGCUACAACUUCCUAGUUUAGCCUUGUGGAGGAUCAAAGGUUGUCUGUGCGCACAAUGAAAGGUAGCCGCAUCGAGCUGGGGGACGUGACGCCCCACAACAUCAAGCAGCUGAAGCGUCUGAACCAGGUCAUCUUCCCUGUCAGCUACAACGACAAGUUCUACAAGGAUGUGCUGGAGGUGGGCGAGCUGGCCAAGCUAGCGUACUUCAACGACAUCGCGGUGGGGGCCGUGUGCUGCAGAGUGGACCACUCUCAGAACCAGAAGAGGUUGUACAUCAUGACGCUGGGCUGCCUGGCGCCCUACCGGAGGCUCGGCAUUGGUACAAAGAUGCUGAAUCAUGUGCUCAACAUCUGCGAGAAGGAUGGCACUUUUGACAACAUUUACCUUCACGUGCAGAUCAGCAACGAGUCGGCCAUGGACUUUUACCAGAAGUUUGGCUUUGAGAUCAUGGAGACCAAGAAGAACUACUACAAGAGGAUAGAGCCGGCAGACGCCCACGUCCUGCAGAAGAGUCUGAAGAGUGCGGCCAGCCAAGAGCUGCAGAAGACGGAGUGAACUGUGACAAACACAAAGGAGGCUAAAAGCAGAACUCAUUCGGGGGGAAUCUAAAUUAGUUUUGGGGAUUGGUUGUUUUUGUGCAUAUUUGAUUGCUUCCCAGCCAAUUGACAAAGAGCCUGCCAGGUUGUGUCAGUUCAACAUGUUUUCUUUUAAAGGUCUAUUUGACAUUGCACAGCUUGAUGUUUCAGAGGUUCUCCUGGGUUUGCAACAACUACGUCUUGGCUUGUGUUGAAGGGCCUUCAGCACUCCACCUUUGCUGCCUUCCCCGAGGGCCCAUGUCCACCUUGUUGGCCCCAGAGGAAGCUCUGCCUUCCCCGAGGGCCCAUGUCCACCUUGUUGGCCCCAGAGGAAGCUCUGACUCCACCGAGGGCCCAUGUCCACCUUGUUGGCCCCAGAGGAAGCUCUGACUCCACCGAGGGUCCAUGUCCACCUUGUUGGCCCCAGAGGAAGCUCUGACUCCACAUGCAAGUAGUAUCAGCAUGCCUGAAGAAUUUUAUCUUUUCUGGAGCUCUAUAUUGUAAGACUUUUUAACCUGGAAAUAAAGGAAGUACUAUUUGC